CACACACACUCACACUAUCUCUCUCUCUCUCUUUCUCUCACACACACACACACACACACACUGCUGCACCAGCCUGCCAUCAGCAUGUAGCCGAGGAUUUUUAUCAUAUUAUCCACGCCGACAUCAAGUACCGCACAGAAACAGAAGGCAUUUUGCGGGGUUCAUGUUUGUCUCUAGCAGAUGAGUGGCAGCUUUUUUCCUACUCGAGGUCCUGAUCAUCUGCAUAAAACAACACUUUCUGAAACUGACUUCUCAUAAUUAGUCACCGCCAUGUCCACAGUAUUUGAUCAUUAUUCUAAGAUUGGUCUUGCAAUGCUCUGAUGGGAUCAGAAACACACAAGGGUGGAUUGAUGUUGAUGUGAACGGUUGAUAAAUGAAGACUUUGGCUUGUCUUGUGCUACACUGAUCAACAUUGCUUAAUCAAUGAUGGAGGAGAGCUCUGAUUGCUCUCCUCAGUCGUUGGCUAACGAUGAUCGUUAUGUGAUGGCCAAACAUGCAGCUGUGUACCCAUCAGCUGAAGAGCUAGAGGCUGUACAGUCUCUGGUGUCAGUAGUGGAGGGGGGACUAAAGAAUGUUUCCAAUUGGCUAAUCGAUUCCACAAAGGCCAAUGCUUUCUUACCUACUGAAUCUGCAGAACCCAACCCAAAGUGUGGAGGCCCACUGGUUGGCAUCAUGCGUGUUGGCUCUGUAGCUAAAGGCCUCCUCAUCAAGGGUCUGAUGGACUUAGAGCUGGUUUUGCUGUGCCGAGAAAAGCCUACGGAAAAUCUGCUCCUUACAAUCUGCACCAACCUGCCACUGCAGAUGAAGAAACUGUCAGAGGAUAAGCACACAGUGCAGCCCUGCAUUCCAGAGGCAGCUAUUCUAGUGUUCAAAUGCAGCAGACCAGAUCUGCCUUUGAGGGUCAUCCUUACUUCAAUGCAGAUGAAAAACCAGGAGCUGGAAAAAAACCAAGUGGAAAACACAAAAGUGAAAGAUCCGUCUGAUCUGCUGGACCAGCAGAGAUGCCUGCUUGCUCUGGCCUCUCUGCGCCAUGCCAAAUGGUUUCAGGUCAGAGUGAGUGGGAAGAGAUCCUGUCUCAUAGUUUUGCGGAUCCUCAGGGAUAUAUGCAAUACAAGGCCUGUCUGGGCACCUCUUAAAGGAUGGCCAGUUGAGCUGAUAUGUGAAAAAGCCUUUGCCACAAGUUACAGGCCUCUUGGGCCAAGUGAGACUCUCAGACGGGUCUUGGAGUGUAUUUCCUCAGGCAUCUUCCUGCCAGGUGGACCUGGCCUACAUGAUCCUUGUGAGAAAGAAGCGGUAGACACUUUGUCAGCUAUGACAAAUGAUCAGGCUGGACUUCUUACUUUCACUGCACAGCAUGCGCUAAGGCUUCUAGCUUUCGGACAGAUUCACAGGUUCCUAGAGGUGGAUCCUCUUCCUACAGCCAAACCUGCAGUAGAACCAAAAUUACCAGAUGGAGAAGCAGGGACAUCUCAGAAAAGACUCCACGAAAAUGUAACUGCGGACGAACCUAAAUGCAAAAAGAUUGUCUCAGGGACUGCUGCAGGCUUAUUAACAUCUGAUGGCAAAUCAGACUGUAAGGGAAAAGUGGAAACCCUGUGCAAAAGCUCCGGUAAUAAAGCCACACAUGGCUCUACAUCAACCAAGGUUAAGGUUCAGGGCCCCGUUCUCACAGCCAGGGGCAAAAACCCUGUGAUGGAGUUAAAUGAGAAAAGGAGAGGCUUAUCGUAUAACCUCAUCACUGAAAACGGAGAGAACCAACAACAACGCUUCAUUAUUGAGGUGGAGGUGGAUGGACUGAGGUUCAGAGGAUGUGGACCUAAUAAAAGGGUAGCAAAAGCAAACGCAGCCUUGGCAGCAAUAGAAAGGCUUUUUUCAGCACACAAUGCAAACAUCAAUAAGAGAAAGAGGCCAUAUACAAAAGUGAAUUCCUCUUCUGUAAAUGGGCUUUCCAGAGGCAAGAGGAGUAUUACAAUGCCCAGGCCACUACUUCCUAUUUUUCCUCCAGCUCCUGCUUACUUUACACCAGGCUUUACCCCGUACGGUUAUGGUCCAGUGGUACCUCCACCACAUGGUGCUGUGUAUUUUGACGGUCCUGUUUGCCCUCCACAGACCAUCACUCCUGUUUUUCUUCACCUGGGAGCACAAGAUUUCUGUCCUGAUUUUUACAUUUAAUGUUCUGUCUGAAGUGGUCUGUAGCUGUGUGGCCUGAUUGGACUCUAUCAUUUAUACUUAACGCAGGGUCAUUUUCUGGUACUAAGGAAACAGCAUCCUCAACAUGAUCAUGGAUCAGUAACAUCAUCUGUUAAAUUCAAGGAAACUUGAGACAUAAAUGCAAAAUGUGGUUUGCAUUUAAGUUACAUUUAUAUGGUGUUUGUAAAUACAGAUUUUUCACAGUAAGCAAUAUUUUAUCAGGGCUAUUAGCAAUAAUGAAUUAGAUGCACUGCUGAUAGGCUGCAGACAAUAUUCCAAAACGCUGAAAGUCCAAAACUGAUGGUAUAUUUCUAUUUGAAAUGAAUAAUAUUGUAUUUAUACUAAAAAAAAAAAAGAAAUGUUCUCAAACGGAGUGUGGUGUAAUUUCGUUCUUUCGUCCAUAACGUGAUACAUAUUUAAUCCAACACCAUGAUAUAAGCUAAAGGUAUGCACGUAAAUGCAAAUAGUUCCAUAUACAUGCAGUGUUUUAUAAUAAAGGCUGUACAAAUAUUUCUAUGACAGUUAAAUUGUAGUUGAAAUGUGUGAGUUUGUGAUGUGUUUAUUUAACUACUGUA